AUGGCGAGCGACGUCGAGGCGCUCACACGUGCGCUCGGAGAGCUCUCCGUGUCUUUGCGUCGACGCCGCCGAAGCUGUCAAAGCAACGCCGAGAAAUACCGUGUCUUGAAAUGGCUACAUAGCUUAAAGAGCGAAGAAUUGGCGUCUCUGUGCUGUGUGGAGGACGUGGCCUUUGUCAAGACGCUGCUGCACAUGGCGGCGCGUUCCAGAGGCAAUAAGCCGCUUAUACAGGAGUUUCAGCUCUUGCCACAGUCUAUCAGUGGCUCUACUGUGGCCCAGAACAAACGCUCAAUAACCAAGACGCCGCUAAAAGCCGCUCCAAGAGAAUUUGUAAAACGUCCACUUGUUAAAACAAUCGAUGGAGAUGUGGUGACGAGUUUUCACACUCGAGAGUAUGAGGAAUGCUGUUUAAAGCUGAUGAAAGGCAUGAGAGUUCUUAACGCACUGCAGUCUUGCGACACGGUGGCACUGUCGAUGGAUUUUUUUCGUCCUGUGGGAAAAGGAUGUGGUACAUUUGCUGGGGACUUUUUUCACUUAAUGAAUGUGAUAUCAUGUGGUGAUUUUCUCAUGGAUUGUCCGUCGGAUACGACGUUGAAACAUCGUAUAUGGGCCGAGACAAAAUGGCUAAAGGAACAAGGUUAUUAUUCGCUGCAAGCGCUCUUCGUGAAUCAGAUUGAGCUUAAUAUAUGGGCGUCCUGGAAGCAACACAAGAAAGACGUGACUACAAAAAUACCACUUCAAGGCCUCGCAUCGAAAACUUACUUGGUGCACGAAUGGGAAACAGCAAACAUUGAUCAGAAGGAUGCAGUAUUAAGGGUGCUUCGUUCCAAGACGAUAGGGCAUCUUCGUGAUCUCACGGAGCCGGUACCUGUCCAAGCGGCUGGGGCAGCGAAAUUUCAGGCUGCACGCUUGUCGUUGGAGUCGCUUUUGUGUAUACUGACUGUGCAUCAACAAGCAAGGCAGCAGGCUAAUCAUGGAAUAUCAGUGGAUACCUGUUUUACGUGUGCAUUUGAAGAAGCAGUGAUUUAUCCUCAAGCAGCAGUGAUAAAGCUAUUGCUUGCAGAGCAUCUUCAGGAGCAAUGCUCGCUUUUGCUUUGCGAAAGGUUGACGAAAGAAGAAGAGAUAGCUGCUGCUUCGAGCAUGUCGGUAAGUGUGACUUUUAGCGACAAAGUUGGUACUAUGGAUGAUGGUACCAAAGUCAAGGCAAAAUGUGCCAACCACUCCCAACGACGGCGUGCAAGCCGAAAGAGAAUGCUUAAACUGCGACGCCGCGAAGGCGAAAAUCGUGCUAUUCUACGGGAACGUUUUAGUUGUGUGUUGCGUGAGCUUCGCGAACAUUGCUGUCGGAAGCAGGAAGAAGCUAUGGCGUGCGUGGAUAAGGUACAACUUGAUGUUAUUGAUACCGUUGUUGGCGGUAACCAGCUAAUAUCAGAUGGGUGGAGCAUUUGUACCGAACGCUGCAUCAAAAACAAUGGUCGACCUAGACAAAAACGAAAAGAUAAGAAAACGAGGAAAAAGGCGGGUACUGCGAAAGUGGCAGCGGGGCUGGGGAGCAGCAGCAUGGGCGAAAAAACGUUGUUAGUGACCUUGCCCCAACCCGUCAAAGUGCUAGACAAGCCGCACUCGCGCCGACCAAGUGGGGAAGAUGAUGCUAGUGAACGCAGUGCUGCGACCGCCGGCUCGGAUUCUUCACUGUCUCAGCGUGAUAAGCCGCUAGCUGGUUGUGAUAUGGAAAGCGGAAGUACGCAUGACGACGGCCCAAGCUUGAGUUUUUUCUCCAAUGUUGGGUCGACUGGAAUACCAACAUCGUCGAUUUCGUCAGCGUCUGCGCUACCAUUACCGACGUUUGGCUCCCAGCAGCUUUACUCGUCGUCGGCAACGACACCUUUUUAUCUAUCGUUGACACCUCGGGACCCAUAUGAACAAUCAUCUCCAGUUUCUCGUCGAGGCAUCGAAGACGAUGACGAUAGUAAUAGACGAAAUGAAACGUGUCCAGCAGGAUCGGAAAGCACUUCUCAUGAAGUACCAGUGACUUCUGAGACGUCAAAUUUUGAGUGGUUCAUGCCAUCCGUCUUUUCGUUCCAGGCCUCUGCGCAACGAAAAUAUUCUCUAACGCCUGGCCUCGAUUGGCAUUUUAAUCACUGGCAAUUUAAGGCUCCGGAUGGGAAUGUUUUGGAUAAGGAGGCGUCACCUUCUACGACCAGAGGUGCUGGGUUGGACCCUUCGCCACCACCGUCGUCAUCGUCAUCAGGUUCCUCAGCUUCGUCACGUUUCGCAAACGCGAGGAUAUCGGGAUUAACGAAAAAGUAUUCGUUGGCAUCAUUCUCCGAGAUAGAUGGGAUGGAUUCAAGUCGACGAGGGUCUGCCAACGUGGAUCCUGACAACCCAAGUUUAACGGUCACAUCGAUUCGAGAAAAUGGCGACGGCGCUUCAGUUACUGUAGAUAGCGAUAACAAGUCUGACUUCUUGUACCGCGAAGGGGGAUUUUUUGAUCGCCAGCGCGCUCUUAAGCGUCGACGACGCCCAUGGCCAUAUAGCUACGCUCAAGAAGAGAGCGAUUCUGCUGAUGAACAUGAUUCUCGCAAAGAUGGGCGCUCAAAUAUGUACGGAAAUUUGAAGCGGUGCAUUGACGCAAGUCAGAAGGGUGAUACGUGGACAGAUUGUGUUCACUGCUGUAAAUGUGCAUGCCACCACGGCACCACUGCUCGCCUCCGAAAUAAGCGUAUGGAGUACACCGAAGAUAGCGAUGCCGACAGCGGCAUCAACAAUGAAAUCAAUGAUUGUAAAGAUCAACAUUUCACUGCGCCGUCAAGUUUUUCGAUGAAGGUCUUUCAAAAUGGACUUGACGUCAAGGUUACAAUGGCUUUAGAGCGCAUGACAUUGCUGGAAGAAAAACUGGUCGAGACAACGAAGGUCAUGGAAGAGCAUACUGUUAGUGCGUCUUCUGAGAUAGCUACACUAAAGCAAACGAUGGCAAUGCUAACCGCCCAGCUUCACAACACCGAGAACGAUAUCCAAGAAUUUCAACUUCAGCAGUCUGUCCCUGCUAAUACGAGUGGAUUGGAUGAUAUGUCCAUGGGCCAUGUGAGCUCCUGUAACUCGCCGCCAGCUCCGUUUUCACCAGCCCCUUCGUCCCUAAACCAGCAAGCCGAAAGCACACAAACUACAGUACCUACCUUUCCGGAAGCAUACGCACCAACAAAUUCUGUGAUGGGACCAUUCGUAUCAGUCCCAUUGUCGGUGCUUCCUCCACGAAGUAAGUUACACUGGGACUUGUGUGAAUUUGCAGCACAGCUUCAAGUUGACAGUGAUUCACGCCUUCCUGCUCAGCUUGCUGCUCAACGGUUGUGUAUGGCGACAGUGCAAUCGCUAUGGCCGCGUGCUCAGGUACGACCGUACGGCUCACAUGUAUCGCGGCUGGUACUUCCGUCAAGCGACGUUGAUCUCGUAAUCUGCUUGCCAAAGGUGCGUCGUGACGCGCCAGCUGACGCAGCUGGUAUGUUGGAAGGUCGAAACGCUAUUAAGGAGACGUGGCAACAGAAUCUUGCCCGCAAACUAAAGCAAGAGCCUUGGGUUGUGCGUGACUCGGUAAAAACGUUACCGCAUGCUGCUGUCCCGAUUAUCACACUCCUUACUGCCCCUCCAUACAAUGUAAGACUCGACAUUUCGUUUGAAGGCCCCGGUCACAACGGUUUAGCUACCAAUGAAGUCGUUCUUGCACUGCUUCACGAAUUCCCGCCUCUAGCGCCGAUGAUGCUUAUUUUAAAAAGUUUUGCGAUCGAUCGGGGUUUGGCGGUAGCUUAUUCGGGCGGACUGUCGUCGUACGCAUUGCUGCUGCUUGUGACGCGCUAUCUCCAGGAACACAGCGACACAAUGCCCAAUGGUUUUGCAAACGCUUCUCGAGCUGUCCAGCACAGUCUGUCAACGGUACAGGCGGGCGUGGCAGACUUCGGUCUGAUGCUUAUGGGAUUUUUGGAUUUUUACGGAAACCGGUUUGAUCCGCGCACUACGGGAAUUAGUGUAGCCUCGCGCUGCUUUCUAAAUCGUGAGAGCACUUUCAUGGCGGGGCCCGGAACUCCAGGAAUGGGUGACCCUCAUCAUGUCCCACAUCAAUAUCAGCAGCAAUACGCAGCUGACGAUGCCGCCGUGGACGAUCGCACGAGCCAAUACGGCUAUGGUCAACAUUGGCAGGUACCUGCGCAGCCUCACAUGCAGACGCUUCCACCACAUUCCGAAGCAGCUUCUGCUCAGGGCUCCCGGCGGUAUGGCUACCGUUCCUCGCUGGACCUGCCAGCAUCCCGAGAACUAGAUGGAAUGAGCGCCGCGACAGGCCUUCUGGACUAUCAGCAGCUGCAACAGCAAACGUAUGAUCCGCACAAGUUCGACCCGGUGUUUAUUGAGGAUCCGUUAUGCCCGAGCAACAAUGUGGGCAGAAAUUGUUUCCGUGUCAUGCAGAUCCGCCGCGCUUUCUCAGCAGCUCACCUUGCAUUGCUUACUGCAUCGCGAGAUCCUGCAGUAUUUGCAGACAAUCGGAUUGGUUUAGUAGCUGGUGUUGCACUCCACCCGGACAAUAUUCUACGUGCCAUCUUGGGCGCAGGUGCUCCAGUGAAUGCGAAGCCUGAUGCUGCUACAUCUGCGGCGGUCGGAGUAAAUUCGUACACGGGUGCAGAGCAUCCUUACGCAUUUCACUCUUACAACCAGCAGCAAAACCAGCAACGAUAUGGGUACCAUCACCACCAUCAUCAGCCGCCACAACCGUCAUAUGAUCACACCGGGGUUCCGCCGCCGCGCAGUAUGAGUGCGCAUCGCAAUGAGCCAACAUCGCGAAGGCACAGUGAAAGCGAAAGCGAGAAGCUGACGACGGGUUCGGCAACCUCGACAGCGAGUCGUAAUGAUCGCACAAGGAAGGGGCACAUGGGUAGUCCGGGGCUUAUUCCCCAGAGCGACAAUGGCAAUGAUCCUUCCCAAGUGCAAGUACACUUGCUUCGUCCAGUCUCUACAGAUCACGGGCGUCAGCCACGCCGACUGGCAUCUCUGAAGCAGAUUAACAACCAACAGACAACCAAUGUUCUAAGCCGCAAGAACAGUGAACGUUCUUUAAGCUUUGCGGACGUCGUGCGCGAUGGUGGGGGGACAAAUGCUGCAAGUGUGACUAUGUCAAAGACGCCACUUCUGGCUAUUGCUCGGCCUCCACGUUUUUCACGCGAUGACAUGGCGCUGGAGGAAAGCAUUAACGAACGGCGGGAAACCAAGGAUGACUCAGAGCUUAAGUGA